AUGUCGAUGUCGGAGGCUCAGAAGCUGCUGCUAUUGUCUUACAUGGAGCAGUCCCCCGAACUCUGCAACAACAGAAGUUUCAUGGCGGCAUCCAAAAGGACGCCACCGGAUGGCAGCUCAUUUGGAAGAGCUGGAGGUACCAACAUUUGCAACAUCGGGGGCACUGGUGGAGGGGCAGGUACGGCAGUAAACGCAACGACGGAGCCUGGAGAAGAAGGAGGAACGCGCGUGGUGGACGUCGCUGCGAACCUGCAGGGGCUAGAUGCUAGGGUCAUGGCCCUUGUGGGGUGGGAUACCCUAGGCGGUAUUGCGGGCAGCCACAAUGUUGCCCCACAAGGGACUGUUACACUGACGGAUGUCGUCGUCGUUAGUGCCCAAGCACCAGCAGAAGAGCCUGCAGAAAUAGAAGACCCUGUACGGCAAGAAGAGUCUGCAUCAGCAGAAGCCCCUACAAUGGCUCCAGAACCAGCGGGGAGCAGUGGCAUGGUGCAACCUCGCCCGAACAGCCAGCCAGGAGCACGGGUUCAACGUCGCAGAAGGCGGAGGGUGCCGAUCAACAUUGCACAGCAGAUUUUAGCGGCUCAGAGAACUCUUGUUGACCGCAUUGACCGACUCACCGAGGCAAUGACACCCAUCAGCGAGUACUACAGGCUGAAGCUGGAGAGAAUGAGGCAACAAAAUGUGCCAUAGUCCGGCAGGUAUUCUAGUAUGUUGUGUGCUCACCUUGGGUGAGUGAAACAUCGUUGCUACAAAAUAGCUAUCAGCACGGCCUGUGCAAGUGCUGAUUUUCGACACU